CAUGCCGCACACACAUCAGUACGAGCAUAUUACUCUCGUGAACAAGACGCAGACACUGGGCUUGAGGAGGAAGUUCGACCCAAUUCAAAUGUCGUAACACAGUGCACGUGGCUGCCCUCCCAACAAAUCCACCAUGCCAAUCGAGCUGGCCAUGCCGAUUUAUCUGCCAAAUGAAGAGUACUUGAACCCAAGGGCAUCAAAAUACAGCAGGCCCUUGCAGCCAUGUCUACACCAGUGUCGAAGUAACAAAUUAAGUUUUAACUCUUCUAGGGAGCAAUCAGAUUUGAAUGGGAUCAGCUCACCCUUGGCAAAACCUAGCAGGGCCAAAAAACAAGUAUCCUUUGCUGAUCACAAGGGCCUCGCCCUGACGGUGGUGAAGAUCUUUUCUGAAUUUGAUGACCCCAUUGACAUCCCAACCAAUAUCGAGCAGUUCUUUAGCCCUUCUCUGACUUUAUCAGAAAGGAAGGACAAGUUAACUCUCGACUUUGACCAGCCGUCUGCAGAUUACUUGAAGUUUCGCCAACGUAUAGAGAAUGAUCAUGUUUGCCUCGAACACUGCAUGCUUAAGGAAAAAUCUAUAGCGGGAACGGUUAAAGUUAAAAACCUUUCCUUCGAGAAGUCUGUUCAGCUUCGCAUUACCUUUGACACUUGGAAGAGCCACACAGACAUAAAAUGCCAGUACAUAAAGGACACUUACACCGGCUCAAACCGCGACACCUUUUCGUUCGAAGCUAGUUUGCCUGAUCAGAUGCCGCCACAUGAACAUGUUGAGUUUGCCAUUUGCUAUGAGUUCAAUGGCGUCACUCUCUGGGAUAACAACCAAGGACAGAAUUACAGAAUCAUUCAUUCAGCACUGAAGAAGAGUUCAAAUGACUCAAGCGAUGGCCAUCAGGGAUAUGGCGUGAAUGAUUGGGACGGUCAUUUUGACCGUUUUGGCAGCCCCAGAUGCUCUCGGGGAAUCUUUCCCAAUUGGCCAAGCUAUGCUGGAUAUGAAGACAUUGGUCCGUAUUACUAAGAAUCCACUUUUGGGGCAGUUUAUCCUGUACACACAUCCAUCAGACAUUGUGAUAAAUGCCUCUUAAAGUGCUACUUUAAAAAACACAGCAACUUGUUGUUCUUUGGCCUCUUGUUCAAGUACUUGUCAGAUUGUAAAGCUCUAAGGACACUUGAAAUAUUUAUGAUUAAAAAUAAUAGAGUAUGUGAUCCAAAAAUGCAAGUAAAUUUUUAAAACGUAUAUUGUUCAUGGUGCAAUGUGAAUGUACGAGGGUAAGUUUCUGUUUAUUUUCCAAUUCUUUGUCAGUUGCAUUGAUGCUAGUUUCUGUGCAGGGUUGUGUGAAUGUUCUUGUGGUUGAUUUUGUUUUUGUAUGGAUUUGCAUGGACCUUUAUAAAAUAAUAGUGUAAAUUAAUUGAAGUGUAAGUGAAUCUGCAGGCCAGGAUAUUUGCUAAACUGUAAAUCAUGACCAUAAAGUUCUGUUCACAAGUAAUUAUUUCUUUGAGACAAAUUGUUAGCAUUCUCUUUUUUUCUUGAGCUAAGAGCAAAGACAGAAUGACUCAAAAAGAAAGUGUUUUUCCCAGAAAUGUGAAAUCCGAGAUGGACUAGAUGCAUGUAUGCAAAUUUGUCGUUUUUUGUUCUUUCCUGAACAGAUAAUUUUUUUUAAUGUAAAACUAAACAUGUUUGUAUUUCUGUAUUUUAAUUGACUGACUUAUUCUCACUGUAAUUGACUGCACAACAUGAUUAUGAUAUUAGUGAUGGAAGUUCAUGUGUAUUAUCAUUUUUUUUCUCUCUCUCUAAUGUAUGCACUUUAUUAUGUUGCAGUGUUUAAUUUCUUGUCACCCAUUUUUAAAUUGCAUUGUUUGAAAGUGAAUAUAAAGUUUGUCAGAACCACUUUAA